AUGGAUGGAGAAGAAACUAUGGUGGAAAAAAUUGUAGGAUAUUUGUAUUAUUCUUAUCAUAUAAUUCUAAUCAUUAUCUAUAUCCUAAGCAUCUUCAUAAUCUUCCCAUUCUUCAUCCAUUUCACAAGAAUUAAUAGAAAAAAAGAUCGAGAAGCUUCAGUUUAUCGAAUCACAAAUCAUCUCUACAAAAUCACAGUUAAUUCGCAGAUUAUGAUAUUAAUUGAACUGAUCGCAAUUAUUCAUUUUAUUUUCAUUUAUUUUUUUGUUGACGAUAAAGAAAGCAAGGAAUAUAAAUGGAUUCCAAUGUUACUCACAAUAAUUGUUUACAGUUUUAAUCAAAUAAUUGUGCCAAUUCAAAAUCUUCUAAUAUUUCUUUUAGCUUUCCAGAGAUUCCUCAUUUAUUUUUUCCCAAAAUCUGAAAAAUAUUUGGUUCUAACUGAACAACAAUUCACAUAUUUUAUAUGGCGGGUAUACGGUUUCGUCAUUUCGGGAUACGUGAUCUACAAUAUCGCAUUUCUCACAUGCACCUUUUCAACACGAACAUUGUGCAAUUAUGAAGCGGCAAUCAUAAGUCCAAUAAUUUAUAUAACUUUGGAUUUUCUAGUCAUGUUCUCCUCAAUUUUUUAUAUUUGUAUUCUGAUAAGUGUCCAAAAAAUCACAAGUCAAUCAAAAUUCAUCAGAACUCGCCCAGAAAAAGUGAUAAUUUAUCAGACAUUAGUUCUACUUUUUGUAAAACUGUUGUGUUUACCAUUUUUUUUAUAUUUUUCAUAUUCACUUUAUGCUACUCAAAUGUUCUUCGGAGAACCAAGUUUGAUAAAAAUGGUAACACAAAAUAAAUUCACUAUUUUAUAUAUUUUUUCAAAUUUCAGCUCUACUACCCCCUAUUCUUCAUAGAUGUUUUAACAACACCCAUCGUUUUUCAAAUAACAUAUUUAUUCUGCAACAAAACAAAUCUGGAAAAUUUGCUGAAAAUGAAUUUCAGAAAAGCGAAAACCUGGAAAACAAUUUUAAGUAGACAUCGUGUUGAGGAUUUUCAUGUGCCACAUGUUAUUAUGAGCACCACAUCUGGAAUUUAA